CGACAGCUGACAGGGAAACAGACGAAAAUUCGUACUCGUCGURCUCGCAAAAAAACACCGAUACAAUCUUCAGCUAUCGGCAUGAAAAUGCCAAGAAAGUAAUCAUUUUGAAUCUACUGCUUAUCCAGAGACAGAAGAAGGAAGUCAUCAACUACGAACGAGCCAGUCACCAUGUAUUGCGGAGAUGAAACUGGAUCAUUUAUCGGGGAGAUCGGCAGCCACAACUGUCGCUUUGGUUACGGCGGAGAAGACAACCCCAAGCUAACCGUGCCGUCCUAUGUUGUUUCUGGCAAAGAUGAUGGGAGCAACAAUGGYAAUACAAAGCGGCGAAUGUCGCGCUUUUCAUCCCUUCACGCCCMAAAAGAAGAGGAACUGAUGGAAUCAAUUCUUCGYAUGCCGAGCAGCGGCAAUGGAAACGAUUAUUCACAUCCAAUUACUGAUCCGAAUUCCUUUUUGAGUCAGGGGGAAAUCGUUGAGAAUUGGGACAAUGUCGAAACAGCCUGGCAGACGAGUAUGGAUGUAUUAAGGGCAACAGAUAUGCUAAAACAUACCCAAGGUGGAACUCCUUACGAACGAACAAAGAAGCAAAAACGAGAACACCGUGCUUCUGGUCUUUCGUCGUCUACGGUCACGGGGAGCAAGGAGCAGGAUGAUACCAGCGGGGGGAGAUGCGUUCAUCCCAUUUUAGCUGUCACACCCGGUUUCACUGAGUGUACUGGUGGCUUCUCCGAAGRAGAUAACUCUGUUGGRUCCAACUUCCAGGCCGCUAUCAAACGACAACAAUACACAAAAUAUACAGAGCUGCUCAUGGAAUCUUUGGACGCCACCAGUGCCUUUUUGGCCCCGGCUCCCAUGCUGGCCGCCUUUUCUCUGGGGCGACAGACGGCUCUGGUGGUGGACAUUGGUGCCGGUGGCUGCCGAGUCACUCCSGUAGUUGAUGGAUUGAUAYUAAAGCAAUCGCAGCGGCGGAGCGGGCGGGGUGGGGACUGGCUCGGUGAUGUGACUUGGAGGGCAUUGCUGGAGGAAAAGCAACGAGAACGAGAAGUCGACGACGAGCAAAACAAACGCAUGGAGRAAUUUAGUGACGAGAAAGAGAYGAUAUCUCGUGUAGAAAUGAUUAAGCCGAGAUACAUGGUGGGGAAAGCUAAGAACAAAUACCUUGGGAAACUAGAAAAUUCGGUAUUCCAUCGACGUGCAAUGAACGAUUUGUUAUACGAGAUCCGAACAGAGCCUUUCAUUACUCUGCACGGCACUGAUAACAGAGAGAAAAUUCGAAUUCCUUUCAGCAUCAAACCAAGCAAUAAAGAAGUCGGUGAUGGAAACGAAGAUGCAGUUGACAUGGUCUCUACCCCCGGAACACCCGGUCAGGCUGCUGUAAACAAGAUCGUGCCCGGAACACCAGAAUCGACUAUGACYGAUGGGGAGUCCUCCCUUUACGAGCUACCCGACGGAACAACKGUUGAUUUGUCUUCUUCCUUCGGAAAGGAUUUGAGCCAGGUCCCCGAACUCAUCUUUUGCGAAGAAUCAGCCUUGCCCUUCCAACAGCAUUUACGCCACGGCAACAAGAAUGGUUCAGGUUCCUCUUCCUCGCACAACCAGACAACAUUUUCCAAGGCACCUCUUCAUCGGCUGAUCCAUGAGUCACUCUUGGCUGUCGGAGAUGUSGAUGUUCGCAAAGAAUUAGCGGGUUGCAUUUGCUUAGUAGGGGCAACCUCCCUUUUACCGAACAUUGAGACGCGAYUGUCCCAGGAAUUGAGCGCACUUUUGCCMUCCUUUGUAAAACCUAAGGUAAUUGCACCAAGGGUAUCGUCAGUGGAGCGUUCGUGUGCGGCCUGGAUCGGGGCCUCCGUGUUGACCUCUCUUGGUUCCUUUCAACAGUUGUGGUUGUCUAGGGUAGAAUACGAAGAGUAUGGUGCCGGGAUGUCGAUUCAGCGAUUCCCAUAAUGGCAGAGUACAUUCGAGCCGACAAGAAAGGGGAAUUAAUUGGGAUCCGAAAUGUAGAUCGAUAAGAAUAUUCAAGUCAAAUAAUUUACAAGUCGCCCGAGGAAMAACUACCCUAAGGAGUAAUAUAUCCAUAAUGGUUCUCGAAGAUACACUUUCUAGUGUUCAUUUCUGGGGUCUAUCUGACGCAGUCUMUUGUCUGCUAUAAAUYAUUUGCUCUUGU